AUGCAAAAUAUGGGUCACAAAUCAAUUAUCAGCGUCUUCGCCUUGCUGGUGCUGUUUCUGAGCGUAGCACUCUUUGAAAAGCUGGAGUUCUCGGUAUCUUUGAACAGCGGCCGCUCUCACGAACCUGUUCCAACCGAGGCUCCAAAAAAUCAAUGCCUGACGAGGGCGGAAGCCGAAGUGAUCCUUCAGAAAUGGAUCGAUGUCAAGGUGUCUCGGAAACACGACCAACAGCAUGAACUGUUUGACGAAAGCUUUCGUCUAUUUUCCGAGAGCCAGAACAGUGUCAACGGCGGCCGCAUGGCAGUGACAGUCGGAAUGUGGCAAACAGAAGAGCGUGCUAAUCCACGUAUCCAGGUUUCACUCCCUGUAUUCUAUAACAGGAAUGAACUUUUUACCCAUUUUAAUGAAAACGACCUAUCCGCUGCGGGCGGCAUCAUUGAUGUGAUGGCCUGGGACCACGGCUGCCACUCCAUCGCAUUCAGGUUUACGUUGCAUGCUGAAUCUCGGCCUGGCAUGCUGCCUACUGCGGGUGUAGCUUUUAUCACGCUUGACCCAAAUACUCACAGAGUCAAGGACGUGUAUGAAGAGUUCAACAACAUCGAGUGGCUCAGGGGGCAUUCAUCUUGUCCGAAAACUGUGAUUGAGUCGGACCCUCACAAAGGAAUUUCCCGCAGGCUCCACGCACGCGCUAACUUAGUCCACCUGGAUGAAAUUGAAAUCUCCUGCAUUCUUCCAAACCACCAGCUUGCCAACCUCACCGGCACGCACGGCAGCAAGGUAUAUAACUACAUACCUACCAAGCAUACUCGCCCAGCCAUACAGCAAAAUGCACGCUGGCUCUGGUCUAAGCCUCCUGAACAGCCCAUUGCCGACACAUACCUUCCUUCCCCUCGCUCCCUGAUCCUUAAUGUCCCAGCUCUCGACCAGCUCCAACUCCAACUCCAGCUCCGUCGAGGUAUUAGUACACAUAUCCGCUCCCGGCAGCGUACGAGACGACACGAGAUACCGCUCCCACGCCUCGGCAUGUCUAGCCUUCGAGCCCGGCAGGCGAACGCGUCUUACGCCGCUGGACGAAGAAGCGCCUGCUUCUCCAUCAAGCAGGGAUGA